AUGGCAUCAAGUUUUCUGAACAUAGUGAAUGCUACUUUAGAUUGGGUGACAGCGACUUUGGAUGCUCCCUCUUCUCGAGCUAUUGUUUUUGGAGUUCCUAUUGGCGGACAUUUAUUUGUAGAAGUUCUUCUUUUCUUAGUCAUUGUUUUUCUACUUUCCCAGAAAAGUUACAAGCCACCUAAGCGGCCUUUAACAGAGAAGGAAAUAGAUGAGCUAUGUGAGGAAUGGGUUCCUGAAUCUCUUAUUCCUCCUAUCACUGAAGAGAUGCAGUAUGAACCCCCAGUGCUGGAAAGUGCUGCAGGGCCACAUGCAAUAAUCAAUGGUAAAGAAGUUGUGAACUUUGCUGCAGCAAAUUAUCUUGGAUUGAUAGGACAUGAGAAAUUACUUGAGUCAUGUACCUCUGCAUUGGAGAAAUAUGGUGUUGGUUCCUGUGGUCCUCGUGGGUUUUAUGGAACAAUUGAUGUUCACCUUGAUUGUGAGGCAAGAAUAGCAAAGUUUUUGGGAACUCCUGACUCAAUUGUCUAUUCGUAUGGACUGUCUACCAUGUUCAGUGCAAUUCCCGCAUUUUGCAAGAAAGGGGAUAUUAUUGUUGUGGAUGAAGGAGUCCAUUGGGGAAUUCAAAAUGGUCUAUAUCUUUCUAGAAGUACAAUUGUGUACUUCAAGCACAAUGACAUGGAAUCUUUAAGAAAUACUCUGGAGAAAAUCACUUUGAAGAAUCAGCGGGCUAAGAAAUUGCGGCGCUACAUCGUGGUUGAAGCUGUGUACCAGAAUUCUGGCCAAAUAGCCCCCUUGGACGAGAUUGUUAAAUUGAAGGAGAAAUAUAGGUUUCGUGUUGUAUUGGAUGAGAGCAACUCAUUUGGUGUGCUUGGAAAAGCUGGAAGAGGUCUCACUGAAUUCUGUGGGGUUCCGGUAGAAAAAAUUGAUAUUAUUACUGCUGCAAUGGGACAUGCAUUAGCCACAGAAGGAGGAUUCUGCACUGGAAGUGCUAGAGUCACUGAUCACCAACGAUUGAGCAGUUCUGGGUACGUCUUUUCUGCUUCUUUGCCCCCAUAUCUUGCAAGUGGUGCCAUUACUGCCAUUGAUGUCCUUGAGGAAAACCCUGAUCUGAUAACAAAGCUGAAGAAAAACAUUGCUGUAUUAUGGAAAGGUUUGUCAGGUAUACUUGGCCUCUCAUUAGCGAGCAAUCCUGAAUCACCCAUUGUUUUUCUUAGACUAGAGAAGUCAACAGGUUCCGUGAAGAGUGACCUACAACUCCUUGAAGAUAUUUCUGACCGUUUGUUGAAGGAAUAUUCCAUUUUUGUGGUGACCUCCAAAAGGUCGACCCUUGAUAAAUGCCGUCUGCCCGUAGGAAUUAGAUUGUUUGUUUCUGCUGCCCAUUUGGAAUCUGAUCUGCUCAAGGCAUCAGAAUCGCUAAAAAGGGUUGCAGAUUCGGUGCUGAAGGAUCAUAUUUGA